AUGCUGCGUUGUUUUCUGUUUGAUGAGGAUGGAAGAUACGUCCCUGCAUGGGUUCAAAUUCAUGGAUUGCCACCGGAUUGUUGGUCUCCCAAAGUUCUUGGACUCAUUGGCUCAGAGAUAGGAAGACCGAUGUACACCGACAAAUUGACCCGUACAAGGGAACGAUUGACAUAUGCUAGGCUCUUGGUGGAGGUCUCAGUUCAUGACGAAAGAAUAAGAGAGGUCCCAAUUACAUUACCUACUGGUGCUCAACUUGACCUUCGGAUCAUUUAUGAAGUCAUGCCCGACUUUUGUGAUGAUUGUCGAAGACUUGGACAUUGUAAGAAGGAUUGCAAGAUUUCUAGCAAACAUCAUCCCAACCGGUCACAACCUACAAGAGGUAGACAACAAUUUCAAUAUCGAAAAAAACAAUUGAUACCUCCUCAAGGGCCGCCACAAGUCGUUGGUGACGCUCCACUACCAUUAGAUUGUGCUCCGGAACAAGAUCCUGUAGUGGCUACAAAGGUUGUUGAAGAAAUGGUCCCAGAGGAGAUACAAUCAUCAUCCAUUCCAAAUGUCCCCGAUCCUCUUUCACAAUCGAUUUUGGUAUCUCCCUCUUCAUCAAGGAAUAAUGUGGCUUCAUCUUCAAAAUCAACUGAUUCUCAAGCCAAAGGUAAGGAGGUUGCUGCACAUCAAGAUCAAAUUGAUUCAAGUGAGGCUACUUCUGUCACUCUAGGCACGGAGGACACUAUCAUUUUGGACAGUACCUUUAUCCCUCAUUUGAUUCCGGGACCUAUUGUGGAAGUAGAACCACCCCCUACAUCAACUCCAACUUCAGCACAUGCGGAUGCUCAACAUAAUGGGAGGAUUUUACGGGUUAGAGCAGUCCGCCCAUCUCGUGGACGAUGA